AUGUCAAGGGAAUUUCCAGAGGACCACACAAAUGAGAGCGUAGAGUCGCCAAGUUCCGUACCAGAAAGAAUUCCUUUGCAAGAGAUUGUAGAUGGAGAAAAAGUCAGUGUUCCCCGUAGUGCAUCUAAUAAUUCAGGUGAUCAGGAAGGCAUUCAACAAUCUUCUGUUGACAGGAGAAACCGCUCGAGAAGAACAAGAAGGAGAUCAAGNAAAAGUGGCGGGAGGAGGAGUGCGUUGUUAACAUUAGAGAAUUCUCCGUUGUCCCCACUCGCGGGGGGGUUGGGGGGCUGGGGGAUUUUUUUUCCCACCCCCCCCCCCCCCCCCAUGAAUGAGUAUCCUCGGCAGACAAGUAGUAGGAAUCCGUUUUCAAAGGGACCGACAAAAAAUGAGGGGGGUAGGAAACGUUUUUUUGAAAGGGUUCUGACAAAAAAGUGAGGUGGUAGGAAUCUGCUCAUCCAACAGGGGGGUUCGGAAAAAAAUGGAAUGGUCACGUCCCAGUGUUCAUGUACAUCUAUGUGUGGGAAGGUAGCUAGUACCAACUAUUGUGUUUCUUGAAAGCCAUCUUUGAUACCAGUUUCAGGCUUUCACAGCCAAUUUUCGCUUUGAUCUUUUAUCAAAUUUCCUCACCUAAUUCUUCAAAGAAAUGUAUUGAGAUCAGUCUGGAGAAUUUGUUGGUGGAUAUGGGAAGAAUGGCAACCUUAAGGCCGAUUUCGAUGGUAUGAUUUUUGCUUACAACCAUCGUGCUCGACUAGCAUACAUCAGGACUUUCAACCAUCCACACGUGCCAAUUUUUGCUUAGGACAUCCACAAUGUGUCAUUCAAAUGUUGUGGGUCUAAUUUACUCAACAUGAUCUGUCCUGAAGUCGUGAUGCAUGCUAGUCAUGUACCAUAGUUGUAAGCAAAAAUCCUACUAUCUAAAUUAGCUUUUAGGGAUAAGGUUACAAUGUCAAGAACUCACAAAUAAGAAAGAUGCAUAUGUUACCUUUUGUAGGAGAUGCACUGUAUGAUGAAAUGGAAUCAAGUACUCUUGACAUGCCUGACAAGAAAAAAUAUAAGCGUCCUCCCUCUGGGGUGCGACAGACCAGGCGGUCAGCUAGUGCUGAAAUGAUUGACAGAGAUGAGGAUGAAGGAAUGGCAGAUAAUGAAAACAUGAGUCCAGCAAGGAGAAGACCAAGAAGAAAAAGGAAUCAAGGUUAGUACUAACAAUCUGUUUUUAUCAUAAUAUCUGCAGUAGCUUCUGCUGUUUGCAGAGAUGGGUAAGAUGUUAUCAGUUUUUCUUCAAGGACUCAAGUUUUUUUAUUCAUUUGACAAGGAAGUCAUCAACUCUCGAUCCGACUCCUCAUUUAAAAAAAAUUUAGUGAUUAAAUUAAUAAGUAAAUAUGAAAACUGAUCUUAAAUCCUCCUUUAACUUCAUGCCAUCUUUUGCUUCACUUGAUGAAAACAGCUAUAGUCGGUUGUUCAUGGAGGCCUAACCUCUCAUAAGCUCCUAUAGUUUCUGUUAGGUCUCCUCACCAAUUAUCCAUUAUUAUGUGGCAAAUAAAAUAAUAUAAUUAUUAAUUUAAAAAAAAAAUAGUAUUAUUGCCAAGACUUAAGACAGAGUUGACCAAGCCCAGUUAGCUGCUAUCUUAGGUUAGCUGUAAACAGAGUAUAUGAGUUGCCAUGGUAACUAACCUUAGACACUGCUCCAAACUGCAAUAAUUUUUGUUGCCAUGGCAAGUAGAAAAAAAUUGUGAGACAGAAAUUGCAGUGAAAGAGUCGCCAGUUUGGUGACCUGUGUUCGACAAUCACGUACCGAGCCAUGUGUUGUUUUUAUUAGUUGUGUUUAUGGUUUUUCUAAAGCUAAAGUGAGAUAAACAUUUGGAUAGAAUGUUAUAUAUGCUCCAUUUUUUAUAUACAUACGGUAAAUCCUCUAUUAAGCCCCCCAGGGGGCUUAUUUAUUUCAAUUACAUUUGAGGGGCGGCUUAAUAGAGACGGGGCCUUAUUUUUCUAUUUAACUUAGCACUGCAGACGAAGGUACCAGUUCUCCGUAAAAAAAAACUAGAAUGCAAAGUGGAAAAGCACAAGUACAAUGGUUUGAGGUCAUGUAGCUGAGAAAGAAAAACAAAUCUGUACUUCCAGCUGGUGAAUAAACCAUCCUGGAACAGUCCACACAAAGUUCUACAGUCGUAAUUGAUCACUACAGUCUAUCAUUUAUUAGUGAAGAAUAAUAAGGGGAGGGGAGAGGGGGCUUAUUAACUUUGUUCCCCUGGAAAGGUAGGGCUUAUUAGAGAGAGGGGGCUUAAUAGAGGAUUUGCAGUAAUUCGUCCCUUUUACCCUGAUUGUCUGGGUUGAAAGGAUGGGUGGUCAUAGACAUGUCCUUGUCUGGGUGUUAUGGAUAUAAUAUUACUACACAGUGCUGGUCAUGACAAUUUUCUUGGGAUGUUCCUUUAAGAGGCAUGAAACUUUAUAGGCCAAGUCUUUCUAUCAUAAUGAAAAAAAAUCUGAUAGGCCAUAAGUAAGUGACACGAGAGUCCCUAUGGGUGGUUUUUACUGAUUUUACCCUUCAGUUUUUGAAAGUUUUAUUGAGUAUUUUAUUUUAAUAUUUUUAAGGUUCUAGAGAUGUUAUCAAUGGCGAGGAGUAUAGUCCAGAGUAUGAAGGAUAUGAUGGCCCUAGAGAUCCAAAUAAAUUGAGAUCCAAAAAGCAUAAAACAAAGAAAAGGUAUUUAUAAAAUGUAAAUGUAAAUGAUAAACAUUUUUUAACAUAUUCAAUAAUAGUAAGAUCUACAGAAUCUUAUUAAACAGUUUGAUCCUUGCAUUCAUUACAUUUUAAUUUUAAAUCUGUUUACUAACAGUUCAUCCUUCAGAUGACAAAAGGUGCAUGUAAAAUUUAAACUGUUGUUACUAUUCUAUGCUACCCAUAUCAUUGUAUUGUUUCAGUGCUACUUAAAUGUGUAGCAUAUUAUGAUGAAGAAAUGAAAUUUGUUGUAUUCAAGAGUAUGUUUCAAAUAUGUAUAAUGUUAUAAAGUACAUGUAAUUACUUUGGUCGAUAACAAGGGAGUUUUUUCAUUUCCCAUGGUAGACAGCACAACGGAACAUCUGCUGAAGAGGACAACUACAAUGCUGACGUUGAUGGAGAAGGUGAUUCUAGGCCAAGAUAAGAUAACAUAUACAGCUAAUGCUCUCAAGAGUGACCAAAAUUAAGUUUUUCCUAAAAAUAGCAAUAGAUAAUCCAGAGAAAGUUUAUGAGAAGGGAAAAUACUUUGAUCUUUUGUCAAAGUUUCUCAAUUAAAAUUUUCUGUAAUGAAAUGUAUGGAGACUAGUCUGGAGAAUUUGUAUGUGGAUCUUGGGGCUUAGAGGGUGAAAAAAACUUUUUCUUCUUUUCUGCUUAAAAUGAGGGUGUCUGCUCAAAGUAGUUUUGACUGUACCUGUGUGGUGGUACUCAAUGUUUUAUAUGGGGAGGCCCCGCCCCGUGGUCCAACCCCUAAUACCCAUUUAUAUACCAUUUUUUGACAGAAAAGGUUACCCCUUUUCAUACACCUUCCAUUGGCAAAUGGUGUCCCUUUCACAUACCUCGUUUAGAACUUUGCAUCCCUUUCAACUGCUGUAAAUGCACUCAUUGUACAAUCUUCUCAGCUAUAAAAUGCAUAUCUGUUAGCCCUCUUGAGCCUUUCUAGCGACCAAAAUGACAGAUUUCACUACCCUUUCUUAUACUUGUACAAGUGAAAUCCCAAUCCUUCCAUAUGCCUGAAGCCUGAAAAAGGUAAACCCCCUUUGGGCGGAGCUUCCCCAUAUAGGCCAUUAUAGGGAGUACUCCCCUCUCCCCUAUUAUUGUACUUUUUCCUUUUAUGGCACUGAUUCUGUGUUUUGUUAGCUUCAACAGUUGAUUACUACAGAGUUGAUAAAGAAGACAUAGUAACUGGAGACACACAAGAGAUGGCUCCACCUCCUGCUCUACCUCCUGUCGCACAGACUUUGCCCAGUCAGCCAUUAGAUGUGCUUUUUAUUGAAAGAAGAGGUGAG